AUGUCUAAUAGAUUAAACAACAUUAGGGACCAUAUUGAGGUUCAAUCACGUGCGCUUGCCACUUCUAAAGGUCCAGACGACGUUGUGAUUGUUGCUGCAUACCGUACUGCUAUUGCCAAGGGGUUUAAAGGUGGAUUUAAGGAUCUAUCGAGUGACCAAUUGUUGUAUGAGUUUUUGGUGAAGUUUUUUGAGAAGGCUAACAUCGACAAGAAUUUGAUCCAAGAAGUUGCGGUCGGGAAUGUGUUGAACCCUGGUGCAGGAGCCAAUGAACACAGGGCAGCAUGUUUGGCCGCUGGUGUGCCAUACACGGCUCCUCUAGUAGCUAUAAAUAGACAGUGCUCUUCUGGUUUGACUGCUGUCAACGAUAUUGCUAACAAGAUUGGAAUGGGCCAGAUAAAUGUUGGUUUGGCUGUUGGUGUCGAGUCUAUGACGGGCCAUUACGCCAACUUCUCGUUUGAUCAUGUCUCUGCUGAGUUGCAGAAGGAUCGUGAGGCACGCAAGUGUUACAUUCCUAUGGGAUUUACCAAUGAGAACGUGGCUAAAGCAUAUAAGAUACCUAGGUCUGUUCAGGACGAGUUUGCCGCGGAUUCUUACCAAAAAGCGGAGGCUGCUGUGUCAAAUGGUUUAUUCGACGAGGAGGUUUUGCCAAUCUCCACGCCGGAUGGCAAAGUGAUUUCCAGGGAUGAGGGGCCAAGAAAGGGAGUUACUGCGGAAAGUUUGUCCAAGUUGAGACCCGCAUUCAUCAAGGACGGCGGUGUUACUACUGCAGGUAAUGCGUCUCAGGUAUCCGACGGGGCUGCUGCUGUUCUUUUGGCUAAAAGAUCGGUUGCUGAGCAGCUAGGUCUCUCAAUUAUCGGUAAAUACGUUGCGUUCCAGGUUGUUGGUGUUCCACCCGAGAUCAUGGGCGUCGGCCCCGCGUAUGCUAUCCCCGCAGUCUUGAAAUCUACUGGUUUGGACAUCAGUGAUGUUGACAUUUUCGAGAUUAACGAGGCUUUUGCUGCCCAGGCGUUGUAUUGUGUUGAGAAGUUGGGUAUCGACAAGAAGAAGUUAAACCCACGGGGUGGUGCUAUUGCCAUUGGCCACCCAUUGGGCUGCACUGGUGCUCGUCAAGUGGCUACCAUCCUCAGAGAAUUGGAGCCUGGCCAGAUUGGUUGUACCAGUAUGUGUAUCGGUAGCGGUAUGGGUGCAGCUGCAAUUUUUGUUAGGGAAUAA